AUGGAUGAUCGAAUGUCAGAAAAAUUAAGCAAAGUUGAAUCCAAUUUAAGCUUCCAUGCCAACAUUAAUAAUACUAACCUAUUGAAUGAAACAUAAGAAUUAAUUCCUACUGCUUCUAAGCUACCUCCACAAGCAUUAUGUGGUAUAUAUGUAUUAUGCUAAUUAUUACAACUAAUGAUUGGAUACUCAUUAGUUUAAAAUAUUGAUGCAAUUACUAUUGCUACAUAAAGAUGCAUUGUCAAUAUUAUUAUGACUUUGAUGUAUAUAUAAUUUUUUGACAAACGUCUUUUUCAGCUAGACUAAUCAUGCUUCAGAGUGAUUGGUGCUAUGGCAGGAUGUCAAGUUGUAGCUUCCUUAGUUGGAUUUUGGGCGAUGUAAGAUUAUUAAUGAAAUUAGGUUUUAUUUUCCAUUUUCAGAAAUAUGUGCUUUUCAUUAAUUAACUCCAGGAUAUAUAUAAGUCUUUAAUCAUUUUCUGUAUUAAGCAGGAAACUAAUUAAAUCUAGUUAUUUCUUUGAUGCAAACUCUAUCAACUUUACUAUUUGGUCAAAACUUACUAUAUGUUUUUGUUUGCCUUCUCUAACCAGUAUGUUUGGCAUUUUCUCAUGUUAUUAAAUUUCUGAUGAAUAAACAACUUCCUUUUUUCACUUUGAUGCUUUAUUAAAGUCUUUUUGGUCUACCUGUAUAUAUUUUACUAAAUCUUAUGGCUUAAGAAGUGUAAAAUAUUUUUUCUGGUGCUUAUUUUCUGUAAUAUAUUAUAUGAUCAAUUUUUAGAGAGAUAACAUUUAUGACUAUUUUAUAAAUGAUUGCCUACGUAGCUUAAAAUGAAAUUUAAGCUUAGAAGACAAUAAAAAUGUGGAUUCUACCAGGUGCAGUUACAAUAUUAUCUUUAUUUGUCUAAUUAGGAUACCAUUAAGUUGAUUUGAAUUAUGGUACUCUUUCUAUCAUUUUUAUUGUAUUUACAUCAAUUAACAAUGAGAAAUGA